AGACUGCACUGAGGUCACACCAGUCCGCAAAGUUGCCCUUGUAAUCAACAGUCUUACAGUAAGCUGAUAAGGCAGCUUUUUUUUUUGUUGGUUUCAAGGCAUACAGGCAUCAAGAGUAAGUGUGGUUUUUUUCUCUUUAGAAGGUCCAAAUCAUCUCUAUUGUGCACUUAACAUUUUUAAGGCUAUUAAUACACUUCAGACACUCAUUGGUUGGAGAUCUCCUGACAGAUGAGAAUUUCUGUCUAUGUUCAAUGAAGGAAUUAAACUAACAGAGAAUUCUAUAGAAUCUGUUUUCUAAGUCGGCAUCGUUGGCGCCAGGAACUCCAGAUGAACACCUUCAGUGUAGACAAGACUAUUUUAGUACACUUCAUCCUGCUGGGCCUGGCGAUUGAGAGCAGCCAGGGGUGCUACUGUGAACAUUAUCCCUGGGGAUCGUGGUCCAGCUGUUCACAAACCUGCAAUUAUGGAACACAGACAAGGCACAGGCAAAUAAGAAUGGAUGAAUAUUAUAUGCAAAACUUCUGUGACCAGCUAUGCACAGAGCAGGAAUCUCGUGCAUGUAAUCAGCAACUGUGUCCUAUCAACUGUCAGCUCGGAGACUUUGGCCCUUGGUCAGAAUGUGACCCAUGUGUUAAAAAACAAUUUCGUGUCCGGUCACUCCUUCGCCCAUCACAGUUUGGGGGUCAGGCCUGUACUGAGCUGCUGGUGGAUUCCCGCCCAUGCUUCCCAACUAAACUCUGCAACAUAGUGGAAGUUGAUUGCAAGAAUAAAUUCCAGUGUGAAAGUGGUCGUUGUAUUGCAAAAAAACUGGAAUGCAAUGGAGAAAAUGACUGUGGGGACAACUCAGAUGAAAGAAAUUGUGGGAAGAAAAAAACAGUGUGUAACAGAAAGUAUGAGAGCAUCCCAAGCGUGCAUUUAAUAGGUAGUGGAUUUCACAUCCUGGCAGGAGAGAGUCGAGGGGAAGUUCUUGGCAACUCAUUCAAUGGAGGACAAUGCACAACAGUGAAGCGCAAUGAGACGAGGAUAUUAUAUCGUGUUCCUGCAAAUUUGGAGGCUGUCAGCUUUCAGGUAAUAGAUGAAGAGGAUGAUGUAGCAUCGGAUUUCUACAAUGAUUUAACUCCUCUGAGUGAUAGUGAUGCUAGAAGUAGUUCAUCCACUCACAGCGGCAAAAGAACUUCUGGGAUCCCAUUUUUAUUCUCAAAAAAGAAACGGACACAAGUCACAUCAACUUCCUCCUUCAAGAAAGCCAUUAAAGCCUCAUAUGAAAAGAAUUCCAACUUUAUUAGAGUCCAUAAAGUUAUUUCUGUUGCAAACUUCACAAUGAAAGAGUCAAAUCUGCAACUCUCAGAUGUCUUUCUAAAAGCACUUAAUCACCUGCCCCUGGAGUACAACUAUGCUUUAUACAGCAGAAUAUUUGAUGACUUUGGCACUCAUUAUUACACCUCCGGGAGGAUGGGUGGUUCCUAUGACAUUCUUUACCAGUACAGCUCGGAGGAGCUGAAAAACUCAGGUCUGACAGUGGAUGAAUCAACAGAGUGUGUCCGAACAGAAACCACUAAGCGUGUCUUUUUCAGGAAGAGAAAGAAAGUCAGUACCAGAUGCACUACAAACAGAAUGACUGUGAAACACGAAGGUUCCAUUCUGCAAUCAGCUGAACGAUCGGUGUCUUUGGUAAAAGGUGGAAGGUCAGAAUAUGCUGCAGCUCUUGCCUGGGAGAAAAAGGGGGCUUUUCCAGAACACACUGUCUUCACAAACUGGCUGGAAUCAACAAAGGACAAUCCUGUGGUGGUUGACUUCGAGGUGUCACCCAUCGUGGAUCUGGUGAAGAACGUGCCGUGCGCAGCGACCAGGCGUCGCAACCUCAGGAGAGCCCUUAGAGAGUACGCGGGCAGGUUCGACCCCUGCCAGUGUGCCCCGUGCCCCAACAACGGCAGGCCCGUGCUUUCCGGGACGGAGUGCCUCUGCCUGUGCCAGGCCGGCACCUACGGGAACAACUGCGAGAUGCAAACGCCGGAUUACAAAUCAGUUGCUGUAGAUGGCCGCUGGGGUUGCUGGUCUGAAUGGAGUUCAUGUGAUGCUUCCUUCAAGAGAAAAAGGACCCGAAAGUGUAAUAAUCCUGCCCCAGUGAAUGGAGGGAAGCCCUGUGAGGGUGAACAGGAAGAGGAGGAGGACUGUUAUGUGUCUGUAUUCAUGGACAGAGGGGCUCCUUGUAUAAAUGAUGAUGAAGCAAGGAGAGAGGGUGAGAUCUUGAUUGGUGAACCUAAGUCUGGAUGCUUCAGGCCAGACCCACCAGAAAAUGGCUUUAUCAGGAAUGAGAAGAACGAGUAUGCUGUGGGAGAGGAAGCUGAAAUUGCCUGCAUGACUGGUCAUGUCCUCAGUGGCUAUCAGUUCCUUAGGUGUCUGCCAGAUCAAACCUGGACACAGCAACACAUUGAAUGUGAACCUUCAGUAUGCCUCAGGCCACCAACCUCUUACAGUGUCAUGAUUUCCCCAUUUAAACAACAGUACAAUAUUGGUGAAACUAUCAAGUUAAGCUGCCAAGCUGGGUCUGUAGUCACUGGUCAAACAAAGUAUACUUGUGGGAAAGACCUGUCCUGGAUACCAUCUAUUUCGAGAUCUAUUACAUGUGAAAAAGAUGAGCAAACUAAGAUUAGAGGUAUUUGCAAUCCAGGACAAAAACAGGUUGGAUCUCAGUGUGUUUGUAUGUCUCCAGAAGAAGACUGUGGCCACUACUCAGAAGACAUCUGUGUGCUACACGUUGCUUCAGAACAGACCAUGACGAAGCCCAGCUGUGAGUACUUAGCUGAAAAUUGCCUCCAAGAGCAGUCAUUUCAUUUCUUGCAUGCUGGCCCUUGCCGUAGUGAUGCCAACCAAGACUGGGCUAUUGAAAGGGCAAAGCUCUCUACAAACAGCCUGAAGAAAGUGCCGUGUGGCUACGACACCUGCUAUGACUGGGAAGAUUGUGCAGAGACGCAGACCCGGUGCUCCUGCCUGCUGCCUUACCAGUGCCCCAAAGAAGACAGCCAGCUUCACUGCAUCCAAAUGGGGUCGACCGGGAGGAGGAGGACAGUCAGCCAUUGCACGCUAGCAGCCAUGAAGUGUGCUGGUGUGAAAAUGGAGGUGCUGAGUCCAGGGAGCUGCCUGGGGUAACCCAGCAGCUCGUGUGGCUGCCACUCUGAUCUCCCCACUGUGCACGGGCUGACUGACCCUGAGGAAAACUCAGUGAAAGCACAAAUGGAUCAAAAACAAAGGAUGGGGAAAAAAACCCGAGCUAACUUACCGGAUUUCUGGGAGGAGGGUGGGAAUGGGCUUCUUUUUUUGUCUGAAAAUGAGCUGGUGGGUGGGGUUUGGGGAUUGCUCCCACUGCCAGCAACUCUGUGCACGUGCAGAGGGAGGAGGGGGGAGAGGAAGGGGAGCUCUGCCUCUGGUUUCCCCAGAUGCUGGAUGAAACUUUUUCUUUCCUCAGUCAUUUGCUGCUCCGUCCCUUCACUUCUGACUGCUCUGCACCCUUUUCGCCUCUCUGGCUGUGCUCCCAGUGUAGCAGCCAGGUAGAAAGAUUUGGCACGUGGUCAUGAAGGCAGCUAGCUGCAUGGGCACUCGCGGUACAAACUCAGGGAGCGGUACGCAGUACUGCCAACUGCAAAUACAUCGUCAUCAUGAGGGAGGCCUUCAAAACCAUGAGACUUUUAAUCAGAGUAACUGAAGGGGGGAACUGUUUGCGUUCUGGGUUUGUUUGACAGUUUUGAGUCGUAGGCGCAGGAUUUACAAAACUUGAGGAUUAGAAACUUGCCUCCCAAGAAGGCGAAGAAAUCUAAAGGUCACUUUCUUAUGCUACGAGUCAACAGGACAAUGACGAUUAGGGGAAAAAAAAAUCAUGACAGCUGUCUGUCUGUGAAUAACCUGUGCUAUGUAUAACCAUCACACCUGGCCAGGGGCUGAGCAGAGUCAUUUGGGAGCAGGCUGUGGGGCUGGAGGUGGAAUGGUAAUUUCACCUCCAAGGAGGUAUCAGACCCCUACAUUUGGGGUGUUGCUGAGCUCCCCAAAUCGGGAACAGCUAGUCUUGACUGGGUGGAGCUUAAGGAAAAAAAAGCGAUGAAUUCUCCUGCUGAACAGACCAAAGCAUUGUGUUUUCCU